AUGUCAGAAAGUCCUCGCAGUCCAUCGCAGCUUUCCUACUUGGUGCGACAUCAAUCAGAGCCUAAACUUUUUGCAAACGAUGUCACGGGAGUUGCUGUGAGUGCUCCCGGCCCCGGGCACCAUUUGCCGCCCCAGCUCCCCCCCAGCGCGGGUCUCUGCUCGGGGGCCAGGGGCGAGGGUCGCGUCCCGCCGGGACUGCCGGGAGCGCCCGCGGCGGCGGCCGAGCAGCACCCGGAGCGGGAGGAGCCGCGCCCGGCGCCGCCCCGGGACCCCCCGAACGCUGCCGCCGGAGGCAGAGGCAGCGCCGCCCGCCGGGGCCGGCCCCGCUGGCCGCUCACCUUCACGGGUCGGGCCGCGCUGGCGUCCGCGCUGCAGCUGCCACCGCCGCCCUGGGCAUGUCCGGGAGCGCUCCGGGAAGCGCCGCUCGGGCCGGGCUCAGCCGCUCAGCCCCGCCGCUGCUGCCGCCGCCGCCUCGGCCGCUGCCAUCUUGUCCUGGCGGCUGCGAGGGAAGAGCCCCGGCUCAGCCCGCUCGACAGACCGGGCCUCCGCCUCAUCUUCCCGGGGAGGGACCCAACCCGCCCCCGGCCGCCCCGCGCUCCGCUCCUGCCCUCCCGCACCGCCCGGCCGAGGCUGCUGUGCGGCCGUCACCGCCCCCGGCAGCAGCUCGGCGGCGGAGCCUCCUCUGCGCCAGCUCCCCGGGAAGUCCUGGGAGGACAACUUGAGAUGCUCCUACCGCGAACUCCCCUCUCUGCGCCCCGGUCUGUCGCUACCUGGAGGAAGGCCACCUCGUGCUUCGUGGGGGCUCUGCGAGGAGCGCCGGUAAAACCCGCAGUAAUCCUCCGGUGCUGGCCAUCCCCAUCACCACACCCCGAACGCCCAAAUCCCUUCCAAAGGAGAAGGUGAUGCUCGAGAGCCGUUUAAUGAAUUGUUUUGACCCAGUGAAACACACCGUGUCCCCUGCUGGUAAUGAGACACUCGGCAGAAAGUGUCACAUGGCAGGGACAAUGGCAGCAGGCUGUCACUACAGCCACAAAGCCACCUCGGAGCAAUCUGUCCCCAGACAAUGCAGGGGAAGAUCAGGUAACACCUCUGAGCUCACUGCAUGUGUACUUGGUGCUGCUGCUUUGACCUGUAGCAUCUCCAGUUAAUGAGAAUUCUGGUAGUAAAUAUUUUAUAUU